AUGACCAACAAUGAUAUGUUUCCAUUUCAAUUCCCUCAUCUUACAAAAGAUAAUUAUGAGAAUUGGUGUCUCCGUAUGAAGGCUUUGCUUGGGGCACAAGAUGCUUGGGAGAUCAGACACAAUGGUUAUGAAUCUCCCCAAGACGAGGCUUCAUUAUCACAACAAGAAAAGGAGGCUUUGACGAAGACAAGAAAGAAGGAUCAACAAGCUCUUACUCUCAUCCACCAAUGUCUGGAUGAUUCGAUGUUUGUAAAAGUGGCAAACGCCAACACCGUAAGGGAAGCAUGGGAGAUUUUACAAAAUUCUCUCCAUGGAGUUGAUAAAGUGAAGAAAGUUCGACUCCAAGUGUUGCAAUGUGAGUUUGAAACCUUGCGGAUAAAGGAAUCCGAGUCAAUUUCAGAUUAUUACUCAAGAGAGAUGAUCAUUGUCAAUCAAAUGAAGAGAUACAGAGAAACCUUAGAAGAUGAUAUAGACUCUAUGACUAUUGAACAAGUUAUGGGUGAGUUGCAAGCCCAAGAAGACAGAUUCAAUAGGAGACAAGAUGAGUCCAUUGAACAAGUCUUCAAAGCCAAGGUGUCUUUGAAAAACAUUCAGAAAAGAAUCGAAAGGGUUGAGGAUGUGAACGAGGUCGAAGUUUUGGCCAAAUAA